AUGUGGAUGGCACCCCAGGAACCACUCCGGACGGAGGUGGAAACACCAAAUGGUAAUCUACUUGAUGUCACCAGGGCAGGUGCCAACAACAAUCCCAGACAGGCACUCCAGGUGAGGGAGAAGCUGACCACCUACUUCUCAUCGCCAGCAGGUGAAGUCCCUUGGCAGCAUGCAGUGGAGUGAAACGGCUCUUUUAAGAGCCCCCCUACAAAAAGGUUAUUUUAAGAACCACCCACCGUUGUCAAUAAAAUAGCAUUUUUUUUUCAUGUCUCUUUUUCUCUCUUAAUUUUUAAGUAUUGCUGUAAAAACUAAUUUCACUGAUAUAGGAAUAGAUUAACUACAGUGGGGGAAAAAAGUAUUUAGUCAGCCACCAAUUGUGCAAGUUCUCCCACUUCAAAAGAUGAGAGAGGCCUGUAAUUUUCAUCAUAGGUACACGUCAACUAUGACAGACAAAAUUAGAAGAAAAAAAAUCCAGAAAAUCACAUUGUAGGAUUUUUUAUGAAUUUAUUUGCAAAUUAUGGUGGAAAAUAAGUAUUUGGUCAAUAACAAACGUUUCUCAAUACUUUGUUAUAUACCCUUUGUUGGCAAUGACACAGGUCAAACGUUUUCUGUAAGACUUCACAAGGUUUUCACACACUGUUGCUGGUAUUUUGGCCCAUUCCUCCAUGCAGAUCUCCUCUAGAGCUUUGGUGCUGUCGCUGGGCAACAUGGACUUUCAACUCCCUCCAAAGAUUUUCUAUGGGGUUGAGAUCUGGAGACUGGCUAGGCCACUCCAGGACCUUGAAAUGCUUCUUACGAAGCCACUCCUUCGUUGCCCGGGCGGUGUGUUUGGGAUCAUUGUCAUGCUGAAAGACCCAGCCACGUUUCAUCUUCAAUGCCCUUGCUGAUGGAAGGAGGUUUUCACUCAAAAUCUCACGAUACAUGGCCCCAUUCAUUCUUUCCUUUACACGGAUCAGUCGUCCUGGUCCCUUUGCAGAAAAACAGCCUCAAAGCAUGAUGUUUCCACCCCCAUGAUUCACAGUAGGUAUGGUGUUCUUUGGAUGCAACUCAGCAUUCAUUGUCCUCCAAACACGACGAGUUGAGUUUUUACUAAAAAGUUCUAUUUUGGUUUCAUCUGACCAUAUGACAUUCUCCCAAUCCUCUUCUGGAUCAUCCAAAUGCACUCUAGCAAACUUCAGACGGGCCUGGACAUGUACUGGCUUAAGCAGGGGGACACGUCUGGCACUGCAGGAUUUGAGUCCCUGGCGGCGUAGUGUGUUACUGAUGGUAGGCUUUGUUACUUUGGUCCCAGCUCUCUGCAGGUCAUUCACUAGGUCCCCCCGUGUGGUUCUGGGAUUUUUGCUCACCGUUCUUGUGAUCAUUUUGACCCCACGGGGUGAGAUCUUGCGUGGAGCCCCAGAUCGAGGGAGAUUAUCAGUGGUCUUGUAUGUCUUCCAUUUCCUAAUAAUUGCUCCCACAGUUGAUUUCUUCAAACCAAGCUGCUUACCUAUUGCAGAUUCAGUCUUCCCAGCCUGGUGCAGGUCUACAAUUUUGUUUCUGGUGUCCUUUGACAGCUCUUUGGUCUUGGCCAUAGUGGAGUUUGGAGUGUGACUGUUUGAGGUUGUGGACAGGUGUCUUUUAUACUGAUAACAAGUUCAAACAGGUGCCAUUAAUACAGGUAAUGAGAGGUCUGUGAGAGCCAGAAAUCUUGCUUGUUUGUAGGUGACCACCAUAAUUUGCAAAUAAAUUCAUUAAAAAUCCUACAAUGUGAUUUUCUGGAUUAUUUUUUCUCAAUUUGUCUGUCAUAGUUAACGUGUACCUAUGAUGAAAAUUACAAGCCUCUCUCAUAUUUUUAAGUGGGAGAACUUGCACAAUUGGUGGCUGACUAAAUACUUUUUUCCCCCACUGUACAUAGGCCUGAACAGAAUACACCAUUCAUUUUGAAUGGGAACCCCUUCCCUCUCCCAUCACCAUUAGUAUUAUGCACACUUGCAUGGUAUAUCAGGUGAGCAGAAUCUCUGUUUAAAUCAAGGUUAUGAGGACAUAUGGUUAGUAUGAUUACAUUUACAUUUACGUCAUUUAGCAGACGCUCUUAUCCAGAGCGACUUACAAAUUGGUGCAUUCACCUUAUAGCCAUUUUUUUUGGGGGGGGGGGGUUAAGGGGGGGGCGGUAGAAGGAUUACUUUAUCCUAUCCCAGGUAUUCCUUAAAGAGGUGGGGUUUCAAGUGUCUCCGGAAGGUGGUGAGUGACUCCGUCGUCCUGGCGUCGUGAGGGAGCUUGUUCCACCAUUGGGGUGCCAGAGCAGCGAACAGUUUUGACUGGGCUGAGCGGGAACUGUGCUUCCGCAGAGGUAGGGGGGCCAGCAGGCCAGAGGUGGAUGAACGCAAUGCCCUCGUUUGGGUGUAGGGACUUUGGGUGUUUACGUUGUCCAAUAACAAUUGGACAACGUAAACUAGGGCCAACGUAAACUAGUGCAGUUUCCCCAUCACCUUCACUGGUCUGACAACAAAAUGCAGGUGGGAAAAAAAACAAAUUAGGAAGAGAAUGGGUUUUUACUUUAUUCUUGUUUUAGAUCUGCAAAGGUGUAGGGAGGAAAUAAGGAGAUUAAGUCUAAAUGAGAUACUAAUAAACAAAUUAAACUGACUUUAUGAACAAAAAUUCUAAUAAGUAUUCAAGUACAGGAAAGAACAUGACAGGUGUGUGUGUUAUAAAAAUGUUACAGAAAAGUAAAUGGAAUUAAAAGAGGUGUGUGUGUAAAAAUAAAAAGUGGAAUGUGUAGCUAAACACAAAUCCCCUGUAAUAUUUCAGAGAGCAGCAAGAGCAUGUAUUUUUGACACAACUGCAGACAGAUAUGGAGGACUACUUGUACUCAACAAGCCGUAGUAGGGGGACUUCAGACAUGGCCAUAAAGAGACAGAGGGGCAGGGAACUGGAGAUGUGAGGUGCUGAGAGGAGUGGAGGAGAGGUGUGUGUGUGUGUCUGAAAAAAAAACGAAAAGUUAAUGUGUAGCCACAAUACAGGUAAAUACACAAUUCAUAUUUAGCCUUGUAAAAGAACAAGAAGAGCAUCUGAAUUCUCCGAUGUGCGAGGUUCAAUUCAGUCAAUUUCAAGUUUUUAAUGUCACAUGCACAGUGAAAUGCCUUUCUCGCAAGCUCUAACCGCAACAAUGCAGUAAUCAAUAACAAUGUAAUACUAGAAAUAACAAGGUAGAACAAAAACACACGAGAUAUAAAAAUAAGAAGAACACGAUAAAGUAAGCAUACUAUAUAAAGGGUCAGUUCCAGUGCCAUAUUUACAAUGUGCAGGGAUACUGGAUCGAUAAAGGUAGAUACUGUAUGUAUAGGGGUAAGGUGACUAGGCAUCAGGAUAUACUGUAUGAUAAACAGAGUAGUAGCAGCGUAUAUGAUGAUUGUUUGUGAGUGGGUAUGUGUAGAGUCAGUAUAAAUGUGCAUAUUAUGUGUGUGUGAGCAAAUUAUGAAAGUAUUCAGACCCCUUGACUUUUUCCAAAUGUUGUUACAUUACAGCCUUAUUCUAAAAUUGAUUAAAUAGUUUUUCCCCCCUCAUCAAUGUACACACAAUACCCCAUAAUGACAAAGCAAAAACAGGUUUUUAGAUUUUUUUGCAUGUUCAUAAAAAUAAAAAAUAAACUGAAAUAUCAGAGAUCAGGUUCAAGUCCGGGCUCUGGCUGGGCAACUCAAGGACAUUCUGAGACUUGUUCCGAAGCCACUCCUGCAUUGUCUUGGCUGUGUGCUUAGGGUCAUUGUCCUGUUGGAAGGCGAACCUUCGCCCCAGUCUGAGGUCCUGAGCGCUCUGGAGCAGGUUUUCAUCAAGGAUCUCUCUGUACUUUGCUCCGUUCAUCUUUCCCUCGAUCCUUACUAGUCUCCCAGUCCCUUUCCUCCAGAUGUGGUGGCUUGGCAUUCAGGCCAAAGAGUUCAAUCUUGGUUUCAUCAGACCAGAACAUUUUGUUUCUCAUGGUCUGAGAGUCCUUUAGGUGCCUUUUGGCAAACUCCAAACGGGCUGUCAUAUGCCUUUUACUGAGGAGUGGCUUCCGUGCUGCAGAGAUGGUUGUCCUUCUGGAAGGUUCUCCCAGAGGAACUUUAGAGCUCUGUCAGAGUGACCAUUGGGUUCUUGGUCACCUCCAUGACCAAGGCCCUUCUUCCCCGAUUGCUCAGUUUGGCUGGGCGGCCAGCUCUAGGAAGAGUCUUGGUGGUUCCAAGCUUCUUCCAUUUAAGAAUGAUGGGGGCCACUGUGUUCCUGGGGACCUUCAAUUAAUGCAUGUUUUGGUACCCUUUCCCAGAUCUGUGCCUCGACACAAUCCUGUAUCGGAGCUCUAUGGACAAUUCCUUUCGACCGAAUGGCUUGGUUUUUGCUCUGACAUGCACUGUCAACUGUGGGACCUUAUAUAGACAGUUAUGUGCCUUUCCAAAUCAUGUCUAAUCAAUUGAACUUACCACAGGUGGACUCCAAUCAAAUUGUUGAAACAUCUCAAGGAUGAUCAAUGGAAACAGGAUGCACCUGAGCUCAAUUGCGAGUCGCAGAGCAAAGGGUCUGAAUACUUAUCUAAAUAAGGUAUCUGUUUUUUAUUUUUAAUAAAUUUGAAAAAAUGUCUAAAACCCUGUUUUCGUUAAUUUACGUUAAUUUGUGGAAUUUCUUUCCUUCUUAAUGCGUUUCAGCCAAUCAGUUGUGUUGUGACAAGGUAGGGGUGGUAUACAGAAGAUAGCCCUAUUUGGUAAAAGACCAAGUCCAUAUUAUGGCAAGAACAGCUCAAAUAAGCAAAGAGUAACGACAGUCCAUCAUUACUUUAAGACACGAAGGUCAGUCAAUUUGGAAAAUGUCAAGAAAUUUUAAAGUUUCUUCAAGUGCAGUCGCAAAAACCAUCAAGCGCUAUGAUGAAACUGGCUCUCAUGAGGAACGCCACAGGAAUGGAAGACCCAGAGUUACCUCUGCUGCAGAAGAUAAGUUCAUUAGAGUUACAUGCACCUCAGAUUGCAGCCCAAAUAAAUGCUUCACAGAGUUCAAGUCACAGACACAUCUCAACAUCAACACAAUUGGUCCAGGGUAUGGGAGGGAAUGGCUGGCAGGGAUGUAGCUCAGUUAGUAGAGCAUGGCGUUUGCAACGCCAGGGUUGUGGGUUUGAUUCCCACGGGGGGCCAGUAUAAAAUAAAUAUUAAUAAUGUAUGCACUAACUGUAAGUCGCUCUGGAUAAGAGCGUCUGCUAAAUGACUAAAAUGUAGGUUGGAGUCAUUAAAAUUCAUUUUUCAACCACUCCACAAAUUUCUUGUUAACAAACUAUAGUUUUGGCAAGUUGGUUAGGACAUCUACUUUGUGCAAGACACAAGUAAUUUUUCCAACAAUUGUUUACAGACAGAUUAUUUCACUUAUAAUUCACUGUAUCACAAUUCCAGUGGGUCAGAAGUUUACAUACACUAAGUUGACUGUGCCUUUAAACAGCUUGGAAAAUUCCAGAAAAUGAUGUCAUGAAUUUAGAAGCUUCUGAUAGGCUAAUUGACAUCAUUUGAGUCAAUUGGAGGUGUACCUGUGGAUGUAUUUCAUGGCCUACCUUCAAACUCAGUGCCUCUUUGCUUGACAUCAUGGGAAAAUCAAAAGAAAUCAGCCAAGACCUCAGAAAAAAAAUGGUAGACCUCCAGAAGUCUGGUUCAUCCUUGGUAGCAAUUUCCAAACGCCUGAAGGUACCACGUUCAUCUGUACAAACAAUAGUAUACAAGUAUAAACACCAUGGGACCACGCAGCCUUCAUACUGCUCAGGAGGGAGACGCGUUCUGUCUCCUAGAGACCAUCCCAACUGUGAAGGACGGGGUGGCAGCAUCAUGCUGUGGGGGUGCUUUGCUGCAGGAGGGACUGGUGCGCUUCACAAAAUAGAUGUCAUCAUGAGGAAGGAAAAUGAUGUGGAUAUAUUGAAGCAACAUCUCAAGACAUCAGUCAGGAAGUUAAAGCUUGGUUGCAAAUGGGUCUUCCAAAUGGACAAUGACCCCAAGAAUACUUCCAAAGUUGUGGCAAAAUGGCUUAAGGCCAACAAAGUCAAGGUAUUGGAGUGGCCAUCACAAAGCCCUGACCUCAAUGCUAUAGAAAAUUUGAGGGCAGAACUGAAAAAGCGUGUGCGAGCAAGGAGGCCUACAAACCUGACUCAUUUACACCAGCUGUGUCAGGAGGAAUGGGCCAAAAUUCACCCAACUUAUUGUGGGAAGCUUGUGGAAGGCUACCCAAAACGUUUGACCCAAGUUAAACAAUUUAAAAGCAAUGCUACCAAAUACUAAUUGAGUGUAUGUGAACUUCUGACCCACUGGGAAUGUGAUUAAAUAAAUAAAAGCUGAAAUAAAUCAUUCUCUCUACUAUUAUUCUGACAUUUCACAUUCUUAAAAUAAAGUGGUGAUUCUAACUGACCUAAGACAGGGAAGUUUUACUAGGAUUAAAUGUCAGGAAUUGUGAAAAACUGAGUUUAAAUGUAUUCGGCUAAGGUGUUUGUAAACUUCCAACUUCAACUGUACAACUAAUGAAAACUAUUAACCUAACCUAACUAACCCAUUUUUUCUGAAAUAAUUUCUGGGGAUGCCAUUUUUUCCCCACCCCAGCCCAAAUCUAAUGACAACCUUAAUUUCGGUACAUUAAAAUGUUUACAUCAACAAUUCAUUACAUUUUGAAAUGAAAAGAAACCAAUAAAAAACAUUUACUCAAUAAAAUGGUAUUUUUCAAAUGAUCUUUCUCAAAAACAUUUGUAUAUUGUCCCAUACAAUAAUCUGUACUCGUAUUUGUUGGUUCCUAAAGAAAAAUAUGUGUUUUUUAAUUUUAUUUUGGCAACCACCCUGCAAGGUCGCGACCCCAACUUUGAAUACCACUGAUUUAGUUGCUUAUUUCAGUUGUUGCUUGUCAAGCCCAAAUCGCAUGGUUGACCCACAACUCCUAAAAAGCCCUCUUGGUCUGAAGCUGCCCUUUAGAACGAACCACAGCAUUAUUGAUUGUCGACAGAAACCCAAUUAUGAGGUGUCAAAGUUUUCAUGGAAACAUCAGUUUAAGAUGUGAAUUAAAACUCCCCAUCAAAGGGCAGAGUUCUGCUCAACUGCCAGACAGUUUGUCAGAGGAUAACUUUGAGCCAUUCCUGUGAACUAAACUUCAACUUACAAUAUGAUCACAUUGUUUGUGUGCAGCAGAGGUGCAUUAACCCCCCCCCCCCCCCCCCCCCGCCCCCUCCGCUCUAGAACAAUGACUGUCGAGGCAGCGAAAUAAAUAAAGUACACCAACAGUUAACCUAUCAAAUCCCUAAUGUCCAAAUACAGAGGGUGUACCAGCACUGACCUUUAAUGACCCCCCCCCCCAGGAUAAAAGCGUGUUAUGAGGUACUGUAAUAGAGGACAAGGUCUUCAAUAAUAUUGAAGGAUUAUAUCACACAUGAUCAAUAAUUUUAUAUCUUUAUUACACAAUCAGAAGCUCCAGGUUCCCAUUAUGGUCACUCCAGUAUGAGCAUCAUUCCCUCUGUUUGGUCCCAAGGUAGUACUCACCGGGGGGGGGGGGGGGGGUCCCUCAGUUUGGUCCUAAGGUAGUACUCACUAGGGGGGGGGGGGGUCCCUCAGUUUGGUCCUAAGGUAGUACUCAGGGGGGGGGUUGUAGUUGGUAGGGCAAUGAUGUCACUCCUAAAGGCAUCGCCCUGUUCUUCAUUACACGUGGCAUCCCUCAAGGCCAUUGUAAGUGUAGGCAAUAGGCCAGACCACAGCCCAGCAGGAUAGCUAAUGGGCACUUAGAAUGAUCAAUAAGUGGCAAUGAAUGUGCUCCCUCCCUUGUUAAUUUGCCUCGCACUGAUAGUCCUACCGAGUGCAGUGGUUUUCAACAUUGAGUCAGUGUUAUCACAUAGAUCCUGUGUGGCUCAGUUGGUAGAGCAUGGCGCUUGUAAUGCCAGUGUUGUGGGUUUGAUUCCCAUGAGGGACCAGUACGAAAAAGUAUCCAUUCACUACUGUAAGUUGUUCUGGAUAAGAGCGUCUACUAAAAUGUAAAUAUAUUUUUUGGGUUGAAAUUAUGAGGAAACAACAUUGAUUCAACCAGUUUUUGCCCAGUGGGAUGCCUUUUGUGGUUGUGUUCAUGCAGGAAAAUGAAUGAAGGUGAAUAAUGUGCUUGUGAAGUGGGAUUUUCAGUGGGUAAUGUGUAUGCCUUGCUAUUCCUAAUAGCCAUGUCCCUUCAUAGCUUCUGUUAUUUUUAACUGUUGUAUAAUAUGAGCACAUGAUGUAUGUCUGACUACAUCGUAUACAGUACUUAUUAAAUAUGCAGAGAUUUGGUUUUGAAAUCCUCUGUUAAAUAUGUCCAUUAAAUAAGUCCAUUUUCUUUCAAGUUAUGCAGUAUUUUCCAUAUAAGAAUGAGGCUAAGCGAGACAUUUGACAUUUUAGUCAUUUAGCAGACGCUCUUCUCCAGAGCAACUUACAAAGGUCAACUCAGUCUGUGAAGCUAUUUUUUUUUUAAAGCUAUUUAGUUAGCUAUUUAGCAGUCUUAUGGCAUGGGGAUAGAAGCUGUUCAGGAGCCUGUUGGUGUCAGACUUGAUGCACCGGUACCGCUUGCUGUGCGGAAGCAGCGUAAACAAUCUAGCUUGGGUGGUUGGAGUUUUUAAAGAUUUUCCGGGCCUUUCUUUCACACUGCCAGUCCUGUAUGGCAGGGAGCUCGGCAUAUUACUGUGAAAAUAUAUAUUGAUGUCACAAAUGUAUCAUUUGUACAGUUCUUUAUUAAAAAUGUUGUUAUUUGUCACAUUUGACUGUGUAACCUAGUAGUACUACUCAUUUGUCUGAGAGUGAUAGCAUUUUCCAAAAAACAUGAUUAUUUGUCUCUGAAAUGAAACCAUCAAGUGAGAGAUUUUAAACAAAUACAUGUCUUUCAUUGAACAACCCCAUGCCAUGAUUAAAUAGUGAAAAAAACACCAAUCUCUUUCAUAAGUUCUUUAAAAAAUAAAAGCUAAUUUACCAACAUUUCUGAAAAUGGAUAUACUGUACAGCAUUUUGGAAUUAAACUCUUCAAACAUAUUCUUCAUUAAAAAGGUACUCAAUCAGCCAUCUGAAAUGACCUAGAGGCACCAAUUCAUCCAAUUUUAGAGAGCUCGGGAGAUUAUCCCACAAGUAAGGUGCAAAAACACUAAAGGCUGAUUUACAUAACUCUGUAGAGACCAAAGGAAUUUCCAGAGUUAGCCAUACCUUGUACGGUAACUUGUACGUCUAAAAGUUAUUAAUGUUAGGUACAGCGGGAGAUUUUGUAAAAGAGCUUUAUAAACAAAAAGAGAGCGAUGCAUCGAUCUACGAGCCAACCUGCUUUCUGACGUAGAACUGUACUGAACCUGUCGACCCGUAAUAAAGCGUAGUGUGCUGUCAUAAACUGCAUCCAAUGGUUUCAGUGUAUUGGCAGCUGCAUUCAUAUUGAUGAUGUCGCGGUAGUCUAGGACCGGUAGGAACGGUGAUAUUCCAUUGAUAGCCUUCACAUAAUAUUACACUGUUUGCGUGAAAUGUGAAUAGGUCUUCAUUCAGACCCGUGUCGCCUUGCUCACUGAGUUCCCCUUCUCUAUUUGGGUACAUGGUUGUGCAGUUAAAGCCUGGAGGUAUGCGUUUGUGCCAGCACUGUAAAUUGCCCUGUUAGUGCUCACCUCAUUUUGUUUCCUGUUUCUCUAAAUGUCUCCACAAGAAACAGUCUAUUUUCGAGGAUUGUAAAAGGUUCCCUUAUUAAUUCUAUACAGCGAAAUCCAUUGCGUUUGUUAUACGCAUUUUGAACAUGACUGUAAAGUGGUGCACUUGUGCUUGGUGUGUGCAAUCAGAAAUGUGUCAUAUUAAUUAAAAAUAGUUUAUUUUGCUGUUAGCUGGCAUCGCUUCAUCAGAGUUUAUACUGCUGGAAGACGCUGUGAUUGUUUGAUACGAUGCUGCCUUGACUUUCUGUCCAGAAAGCCUACCUUUACAACAUGAGUCAGUCUGCAUCCUAGUAGUGUCGAUGGUUUUCAAAAAAAUACAUUUUCUAGUUGUAUUUGUACUGUAGACGGUAUAAAUGCAGGGUACACUUAUUUUACAAUUCUAAGCACAAGCACACUCCUCUAUGGAUCCUCUCAGUUUAGCCUUCCCAUUAAUUAAGGUCACGUACAUCCAAUAUGAACCAAAGAUCACAUCUUUAGAUUACAUUUAGUCCCUAGUGGGGCUCUUGGCCUAGGUGGAAAUUAAUGCAGGCUCAAAACUGAAAUUCAGCCUUGGGAUGGCGCUUUUGUUAGGCCACCAUCAAAUAUCUAUUUCGGUGAACUGCAGAGAGGAACAGUCAUCUAUUAUGAGUUUCAUCUACCUUGCAUUAAGAAUACUGUGCCUCCCUGACUGACAAUUUACUGGACUCUGCCAAACAAACUGACAACUUGACAGAAAAUACAAUCUGAACCUGAAUUAUGUGGUAAAACCACUCUCAUAGGAAACACAACUGGAGUACACUAAAUCCAGACAUAACACCUUCAUGUAUUAACCUUACUCGUCUUCUAUUCAGUAUUCUGAUUGAUAUUAAUCAUUAUACAAUGGAUGGGUCUAAUCCUGAAUUCUGAUUGGUUCAAACCGGAUUCCAGCCGGUGACUAUUCCACAAGUUACCACCGGCUAAAUCUAUGACGUUAAAAUUACUCUGUUACAUCUGACUGCGCAAUCCACUGUCUCAUCAGCCCAGCCAAGCAAUAUUAUAAACUUGAUCGCCACUAUAAAAAGCAUCAAGACAUUAUCUCACAUUUCUUUUAGACUAACAUUUCGUUUUCAACAGUGGAUAUUUGUAUAAACCUGUCUGUCUGUCUCGUCUUCUAUUUAUUAUUUUGAUUGAUAUUAAUCAAUAGAAUAGUCUGUAUUAACACAUUUCCUCAUAACAUAGAGCUAUUAUACAGCCCCAGAUUCAAACCUUCUCUUUUAUAGCCUUGAAGAAGAUCCCUGAUCAUUUAUCAUUCAUGGAGGUCCUGCUCUCCUGUCCCCUGCAGGUGUCUGACGAUGACUCCCCAGAGCCAGGCCUGGGUCUGGGCGCGGAGAUGGAGACUUUCCAGGUGCGGAGGCUCUCCUGCCGGAACCUGCAGCUGCCCCCGUUGGCCUUUAGGCAGGCAGAGCAGCGUGACUGGGCCCCGAGGCCAGAGACGGAGCAGAUCCCUCGGCCCACUAGCCUCGCCCUCAGGAUCCCUCCGCUCAUCGCUAUCACCUCAGCAGACACCAGCAGGUAGGAAAGACAGGAGACUGCAUGUGGAGACAAAGGUCUGGUGGCAGGGUCAUGGGAUGUGGAUUGAUGUGUGUGUGAGAGAGGGAGUACAACACAGGUGGGCGAGCGAGAGAGGGAGAGAGACAGGGAAGGAGUCAGACAAGGAGACUCAGGGAAGCUUAGUGGUCUUUUCUGUAUUGAGUUUUCUGUGUGUUUAUCUGUGCUCCAUAUAUUUCUGGCUAUGUGUGUCAGUAUAUGUGUGAGUAUAAAUGCAUAUGGUCACUAAAGCUAGAGUGAAUGCAAUCUGCUCUCCAAUCUCCAUUCAGACAGCACAAAGACCAUUAAACUCUAGUCUGAAUUACGAUGGUAGUUGCCCCUUGAAAGCCUGUGAAUGAAAUACAGUAGGUGUAAACACAGUCCAGUUCAAAGUAAAUGGCACAGAUCCAUAUAUGGAUCUACCGCUCAGACGUAAGCCUAUGCAACAUUAACCAAUUAAAAACAGUACUGUAGCAAUGAGGUUUGUACAGUGAGCUAUAGGCCCAAUACAUUAUCACCGCAUAUUAGCUUUGCUUGAAUUGCCCUGCCAAUGCAUUGUUGUUCGAGCCAUUUUUUAAAAUUAUAUUUCAAAAUUUGAGGUAGGCUCUAUGAUCACACCAGUAAUAGAUCCGUUGUUGUAUUACUUGUGAGGCACAGCUGAGUGAGCAUACAUCUAAAUCAUUUGCUUUUUAUUUUUAUUUUACUGGGCUGUUCCUGCAUCUGAUGGUCAGUCUCAGCGGAGGGAGAGAACAGCAGACUGAGGGUCCACCUCUCAACAUCCCUCCGCUCUCCCUUUCCUCCACUGACACUGACCAAAUAGGGACACAGUCUUCCAGCUGAUGGCGAAAACUCGAGUCGCACCGCAUUAUUUCUGCCUCAUGCACAAAUUCAUAUUGUUACUCCUAUGAACAGAGAAAGUGAAAUACUCCUCGAUAUUAAAAAAGACCCAAGCCGCUAAUAAUAACAACAACGCAAGCCUAUAGAUACACUUUCCUACUCAUUCAUUACUGCUGCAGUGCUUGUUGUAGUGCUGAGUGGAAAUAGGAAGGACGCGCAUUUUAUCGCUUAUAAAAGUGUUGAAUACAAAGUGUUGACAGUGCUGAGUAAGAACUUAAGACAUGAACUCACUAAAAAAAACAGCAGCUCUUUGCUGUAUUCGUUGACAGUCUCUCUCUAGUCAUGGUUUUAAAAGUUUAGAAAUCUCACAGUGUCAACUUUGCUGUAGCUUUCUUUUAUGCCUGCUACGUUACUGCAGACACGGUCAUCCGUUUGGCCAGCGGUGGGCCUAUAGUGCACUUCAUUUGCUCUCUGGGCCUGCCGGGAAGGCAGAGUUAGUACCUUCAGGCACAUGAAAUGGUUCAAAAUGGCAACAGUUCGGCCUUCCCAGCGCGCAGGGCAUCUGAAUCGGGAUGCACCUACCGUCAACAGCCCGAGACAAAUAAAAAAACUAGGAACACAAGGCUUUAUCGUUCGUUUUUUUUUUACAGAAAUGUUUGGCGAUCGACUAGGAAUGCCUUGGAGAUCGACCAGCUCUAGGAAGUUGAGUGAAGUUCAAUCUUGUGCUUCUCUCUGUGGGCGGAUGUUUCUGUGCACGCACGCAGCUUAGAGGGAACAUAGUUCAUUAUACUGGGAAUAGGCUGCCAUUUGAGACGCAGCCAAAGCCUUUCUGUGCAAUCAGGAUCUCUCAUGCCGAAUUCCCUUCGGGUCAGCGACUCGCCCUUAUUUAGAUUCGGUUGUGUGAUAUCGUUGGUCUAGAAACGGUGUUGCGUAGAUGUGAGCAUAAUCUCAUGUUAUUCAUAUUCAUGAAAAUUCAUGAGAAUACUGAAUGACACUGGUUGGAUUACUACAAGUGCCAUCUCUAGUGUUCUUCAUCGCUCCAAACCCUUUGUAGAUGGGAGAGUGCAAUCCUUUGUAGAUGGGAGAGUGUAAUCCUUUGUAGAUGGGAGAGUGUAAUCCUUUGUAGAUGGGAGAGUGCAAUCCUUUGUAGAUGGGAGAGUGCAAUCCUUUGUGGAUGGGAGAGUGUAAUCCUUUGUAGAUGGGAGAGUGUAAUCCUUUGUAGAUGGGAGAGUGUAAUCCUUUGUAGAUGGGAGAGUGUAAUCCUUUGUAGAUGGGAGAGUGUAAUCCUUUGCCAUAGUUUACAUUCAGGAAUUGAUAGCGUCUGGAGAGAAACUGGAGAUGAGAUGGCAAUAGUGAUCUGUGACUCCCAUUCAUGAGCAAUUACUCCAUGGUUUCUCGUAAAGAAAGAAGAUGGAGAGCUGUGCUUUGUUAGUAUCUCUCUGACAAUGGCAAUUUCUUCUGAAAAGGUCAGCCCCAGAGUUUGUUGUUGGAUGGGAGUUAUGAUGGAUUGUGGAGUGUGUGAGGAUGUCAGUGCACAAAUCAAAUUGUUUUGGUCGCGUACACAUAUUUGCAGAUGUUUUCGCAGGUUCAGUGAAAUGCUUAUGUUUCUAGCUCCAACAGUAAUACCUAGCAUAACAAAAUAACACAUCAAAAAACUAAUCAGAACGAGCAAUGUCAGAGUCUGGAAUAUAAAUACAGUGCCUUCAGAAAGUAUUCAUACCCCUUGAUUUAUUCCACAUUUUGUUGUGUUACAGCCUGAAUUCUAAAUUGAUUAAAACAAAUUUUUUCUCACCCAUCUACAUACAAUACCCCAUAAUGACAAAGUGAAAAUGUGUUUUUAGAAAUUUUAGCAAAUCUAUUGAAAAUAAAAUACAGAAAUAGCUAAUUUACUUAAGUAUUCACACCACUGAGUCAAUACAUUGUAGAAGCACCUUUGGCAGUGAUUACAGCUGUGAGUCUUUCUGGGCAAGUCUAAGAGCUUUCCACACCUGCAUUGUGCAACAUUUGCCAAUUAUUAUUUUCAAAAUUCUGUCAAGUUGGUUGUUGAUCAUCGCUAGACAACCAUUUUCAGGUCAUGCCAUAGAUUUUCAAGUAGAUUUAUGUCAAAACUGUAACUCGUCAACUCAGGAACAUUCACUGUCUUCUUGGUAAGCAACUCCAGUGUAUAUUUGGCCUUGUCUUAAAGGUGUCUGGUGGAAAGCAGACUGAACCAGGUUUUCCUCUAGGACUUUGCCUGUGCUUAGCUCCAUUCCGUUUAUUUUUUAUCCUGAAAAACUCCCCAGUCCUUAACGAUUACAAGAAUACCCAUAACAUGAUGCAGCCACCACUAUGCUUGAAAAUAUGGAGAGUGGUACUCAGUAAUGUGUUGUACUGGAUUUGUCCCUAACACAACACUUUGUAUUCAGGACAAAAAGUGAAUUGGUUUGCCACAUUUUUUUGCAUUAUUAUUUUAGUGCCUUGUUGCAAACAGGAUGCAUGUUUUGGAAUAUUUUUUAUUCUUUACAGGCUUUUUUCUUUUCACUCUGUCAAUUAGGUUAGUAUUGUGGAGUUACUACAAUGUUGUUGAUCCAUCCUCAGUUUUCUCCUAUCACAGCCAUUCAACUCUGUAACAAUAUGGUUAAUAAUGUAUUGAGUCAUUUUGGAGUCACUUUUAUUGUAAAUAAGAAUGUAAUAUGUUUCUAAACACUUCUACAUUCAUGUGGAUGCUACCAUGGUUACGGAUAGUCCUGAAUGAAUCAUGAAUAAUGAUGAGUGAGAAAGUUAGACGCACAAAUAUCAUCCCCCCCCCCAAAAAAAAAUGCUAACCUCCCCUGUUAUUGUAAUGGUGAGAGGUUAGCAUGCGUCUAACUUUCUCACUCAUCAUUAUUCACGAUUCAUUCAGGACUAUCCGUAAUCAUGGUAGCAAUUUAGACCCAAUUCUAAACUUUUGACUACUUUAAUACACAUGCAUAAGUGAAUUUGUCCCAAUACUUUCGGUCCCCUAAAAUGGGUGGGACUAUGUACAAAAAGUGCUGUAAUUUCUAAACGGUUCACCCGAUAUGGAUGAAAACACUCUGAAAUGAAAGCUGACCCUUACAAAAAAAGACUGCAGUUUUGAAAAUGCAGUAACUGCAGUCGACUGUGGUACUUUGGGCGCAGUAAUUGCAGAAUAACUGCAGUUGAACUGCAGUUAUACUGCAAUCUUACUGCAGUAAAAAAAACGGUGUUAUUUUGGACCCGGUAUUUGCUACAUACUGCAGUUAUAAUGCACUCUAAAACAGUAUGUAAACAUUAUUGAAGUGACCAGUGUUCAAUGACUAUGUACAUAGGGCAGCAGUCUCUAAGGGGCAGGGUACUGGGUAGAGGCCGACUUGUGGUGACAAUUUAAAAGUCUGAUGGCCUGGAGAUAGAAGCUGUUUUUCAGUCUCUCCGUCCCAGCUUUGAUGCAUCUGCACUGUCUCCGCCUUCUAGAUGGUGGCGGGGUGAACAGCCCGUGGCUCGGGUGGCUGAGGACAUUGAUGAUCUUCUUGGCCUUCCUGUGACACCGGGUGCUGUAGAUGUCCUGGAGGGGAGGCAGUGUGCCCCCGGUGAUAGGUUGGGCUGACCGCAAACACCAUCUGGAGAGCCCUGCAGUUGCGGACAGUGCAAUUGCCGUACCAGGUGGUGAUACAGCCCGACAGGAUGCUCUCAAUGGUGAAUCUGUAGAGGUUUGUGAGGGUCUUAGGGGCCAAGCUGAAUUUCUUCAGCUUCCUGAGGUUGAAGAAGACGCUGUUGCGCCUUCUUUACCACACUGUCUGUGUGGAUGGACCAUUUCUGGUCAGCACGCCAAGGAACUUGAAGCUUUUCACCCUCUCCACUGUGGCCCCAUCGAUAUGGAUGGGGGGCGUGCUCUCUCUGCUGUCAGCAAACUUGAUGAUUAAGUUGGACACGUGCGUGGCCACGCAGUCAUGGGUAAACAGGGAGUACAGGAGGGGGCUGAGCACGCACCCCCUGUGUUGAGGAUCAGCGUGGCGGAGCUGUUGUUGCCUACCUUCACCACCUGGGGUCGGCCCAUCAGGAAGUCCAGGACCCAGUUCCCCAGGGCGGGGUUCAGACCCAGGGCCCCGAGCUUAGCGAUGAGCUUUGAUGGCACUAUGGUGUUGAAGGCUAAGCUGUAGUCGAUGAACAGCAUUCUUACAUAGGCAUUCCUCUUGUCCAGGUGGGAUAGUGCAGUGCGAUGGCGUCGUCCGUGGAUCUGUUGGGGCGGUAUGCAAAUUGUAGUGGGUCUAGGGUGUCGGGUAAGUUGGAGGUGAUAUGUUCCUUAAUUAGCCUCUCAAAGCACUUCAAGAUGACAGAAGUGAAUGCAAUGGGACAAUAGUCUUUUAGUUCAGUUACCUUCGCUUUCUUGGGUACAGGAACAAUGGUGGACAUCUUGAAGCAAGUGGGGACAACAGACUGGGACAAGGAGAGAUUGAAUAUGUCCGUAUACACUCCAGCCAGCUGGUCUGCAGAUGCUCCGUGGACACGGCUUGGGAUGCCGUCUGGGCCAGCAGCCUUGCGAAGGUUAACGCACUUAAAUGUCUUACUCACGUCGACCACGGAGAACGAGAGCUCAGAGUCUUCGUGAGCUGCGUUGGCCCGUGUCGGCCGCUCAGUGUUUUCCUUGAAGCGGGCGAAGAAGGUGUUUAGCUUGUCCGGGAGCGAGGCGUCGGUGUCCGCGACAUGGCUGGCUUUCCCUUUAGAAUCUGUGAUUGUCUGGAGUCCCUGCCACAUGUGUCUCAUGUCUGAGCCGUUGAAUUGGGACUCCACUUUGUCCCUGUACUGACGUUUUGACUCUUUGAUUGCCUCACGGAGGUCAGAGCUGGUCUGGUUGUACACCUCCAUGUUCCCAGUCACCUUGCCAUGGUUAAAUGCGUUGGUUUGCGCUUUCAGUUUUGCGCAAAUGCUGCCAUCUAUCCACGGUUUUUGGUUUGGAUAAGUUCUAAUCAUCACAGUGGGAACAACAUCCUAUAUGCACUUCCUGAUGAACUCUGUCACCAAGUCAGUGUAUACGUCAAUACUAUUCUCAGGGGCAUUUCCCAGUCCGCGUGAUCAAAACAAUCUUGAAGCAUAGAUUCUGAUUGGUCAGACCAACGUUGAACAGUCCUCACACGUACAUAGGCAACCACACACAGACAGACAACCUGACACAGACAGACAGACACACACACACACACACACACACACACACACACACACACACACACACACAGACAGACAGACAGACAGACACACACACACCGUCUUGGUCUUUUUGUUACUGUGGUUACAUUUGGAGGAAGGAUGGAAAAUCAUCCGCCCCCCUGUUGCUCCCAAUCAAUGUCCCCCUGCUGUCAUUCCAUGAAAAGCCCACCCUUUCCCCUUGCUAUCAUUCCAUGAAAAGCCCACAAUGCCCUCCUCCUGGGCUGUACAGAAAAUCACUAGCUGGUUAAGCAAAAAGAAGUUAGCUGUAGCCAUUUUGAAUGUAGGCAUUGACACAAAUUUCCAUGUGACUGCAGACAGGAUUGCUAUGAUUAAGAUUAUUUUGUCUAUCGUAACAAUAGGACCAUCUCUUUACGGGAAGUGGAAAUGUCUCUAAUGUCACAGGGGGAAAGGUUUAAGCUUAUUCUGUAAGGAUCGAGGCUUCCUGGUAGUAUUCGCCGUGCUUGUCUCUUGGCAAACUGUACUGUACAGUAUGUGCCCAUUGACCUACUUUAUGAAACAGGUCAUUGUUAACCCUAGAGAAAUGAUUAUUAUACAUAUACCGAGUGGACAAAAUGAUGAAAGAUUACUUGAAAGCAUGUCAUGAGUGACAGUUGAAUUGAUAGGAGUGACUAUGUACUGUCCUUUCAAAUUACUUUUGUUUUCCUUUAUUGUUCUAUAUCAGACAACAGUGAUGGCCGGUAUUCAAUCUGUCUUUUCCAUAGCAAUGUUUAUGCAAUAUUGUUGUUUACACAACUACAACCCACGCACACUGAAAUAUGGAAUUACUGUAAGUAGGCGUUUACCUGCUGUGAUAAACCUUUUUCACCAAAAUCGUUUCAUUUGAUUUGAUUGUGUGUCCAUGUGCUAGCUACAGCAAUGCUGGUUUGAUUAAAUUGAGCUUUUCAUGUCAUUGUUGGGGGGUGAUUUCUGUGUAGGUAAACUCCUAGUUAGUCGAAGUACGAAGAAAAAGCAGCUCUAUUUUUCCACUCCCGUCUUUUUGUCACUUUAUAGCCUAUUUGACAGAAAACAGUGACGUUUACGUCAUAAACACAACAAAAUCCAUGUCACAACUCGGAAUUGAGCGGUCAGAUUUACCCUACCAUAGAAUAUUACCAGCAAAUCAAAUCACAUUUUAUUGGUCAUACAUAAUCACUCUUGGGUCAUCGAUAUUUAACUUCCCUGUGAAUUAACCCGUUGGAUCCCUGUGAUCGAGUGCGUAUUCACUCUCGACUUGCAUUUCAUGAGUGGAGGCAGAUUUGUGUGCUGUGCUCCCAUAUGGGUUACCCAACAUAAAUCAUAAAUAUGUGUCUCAGCACUGGCCCCAAGCACACCUCAUAUAUAAUUCAUAUCCAACAGGGGAAGGAGAUGAUGUUAUAGAAUUCCUACAGUAUGACACAUCUGCUCUGCCUCAAUGAUGACGAUAUUUUACCACAGUGACUGGAAACACUGUAGGCUAACUCACUUCUCGGGUGAGAAGUCAUUCAGGGUGGUUGUGUCAGACACACAUACACACACACACACACACCCACACACAUACACCCACACACACACAUACACACAAACACACACACCCACACACAUACACCCACACACAUACACCACACACAUACACACACACACACACACACACACACACACACACACACACACACACACACACACACACACAUACAGACUUUGUAUUACCUCUCAUUUCUAUUGUGCUCAUGGUUGUCUUUCUUCCACAGUAAUAAUCUUCUGGCCCUAUUCAGCAGCACUACCAGCCAUAUCACUUUCCAGAUGCAGUCUAUUUCACCUCACACAUCAUUAGUUGUUUGAUGAGUCACGCUCUUUGUGUACAGUUUGCCUUGCUGGAGAUUUCAAAUGUGUUGCAUAAUUAAAUGUUGAGCUUUUCCUCUGGGAACUUUGUUUCAAUGUGUUGGACAAAAGGGAGGGUAAACAUGCAAGGCUGUCCUAUUUCUUUGAGGAAGAGGGACUCUUUGCAUAAAACAUGAUCCCCUCAAAGCGCAUGUUUCUUUAGUUGGGUUUUAUAGAUUAAGACGUGGUCAGAAAGAGGCAGAUUAG